ACAUAUUUCACUAACGUGCUUAGGUGUCGUUAUGAAAUCCAACAAAAUACCUUAAAUCUCUUAAUUCUUCUAUGGCUAUGUCCUAAAAGUUCCUUCUUCAAUACAAAAAAAAAUGGGAUGUCUCUGUAUCAAUCUGAAGAAGAAGCUCAAGAAACCAACACCAGACAACAAUGGAGAACAAAACACAGAGGUACAGAGCAGAGAAAUAACACCAACACAACAACCUCGUCAAAGACAAUCAGCUCCAAGAGCCAAGUUCCAGAUUGUGGUGCAACCUCAUAAACUCCCACUUCCACUUCCAGUUCAUCAGCUUCAAGAAAAACAAAAGCUAAUCAAUCCUCAAAAACUGAUCAGUCUGCAACAACCAGAACCCAUCUUAGGGAAACCAUUUGAAGACAUUAAGGAGAAGUACAGUCUCGGUCGUGAAUUAGGUCGUGGCCAAUUCGGACAACCAAACAUUGUGGAGAUCAAAGGAGCUUAUGAAGACAGACAAAGUGUUCAUCUUGUAAUGGAGCUUUGUGAAGGCGGCGAGCUUUUUGAUAAGAUCACUAAAAGAGGACAUUACUCAGAGAAAGCAGCCGCAGAGAUCAUUAGAAGUGUGGUUAAAGUUGUACAGAUUUGUCAUUUCAUGGGUGUGAUUCAUCGCGACCUUAAACCCGAAAACUUCUUGUUGUCCAGUAAAGAUGAAGCUUCCUCAAUGCUCAAGGCUACUGAUUUUGGUGUUUCAGUUUUCAUCGAAGAAGGGAAAGUGUAUGAAGACAUUGUUGGAAGUGCAUAUUACGUUGCACCGGAGGUUCUGAAGAGAAACUACGGCAAAGCAAUAGAUAUUUGGAGCGCCGGAGUUAUCCUAUACAUCCUUCUCUGCGGCAAUCCUCCAUUUUGGGCCGAGACUGAUAAGGGAAUAUUUGAGGAGAUUUUGAGAGGAGAUAUCGAUUUUGAGUCGGAACCAUGGCCGUCGAUUUCAGAGAGUGCUAAGGAUUUGGUGAGGAACAUGUUAAAGUAUGAUCCCAAGAAACGGUUUACUGCAGCUCAAGUCCUAGAACAUCCGUGGAUACGAGAAGGUGGAGAAGCUUCUGAUAAGCCAAUCGAUAGCGCGGUUUUGUCGCGGAUGAAGCAACUCCGAGCUAUGAAUAAGCUUAAGAAGCUUGCAUUUAAAUUUAUCGCGCAAAAUCUCAAAGAAGAGGAACUAAAGGGUCUCAAGACAAUGUUCGCAAACAUGGAUACUGAUAAGAGCGGUACAAUCACCUACGAGGAAUUGAAAACCGGACUGGAAAAACUCGGUUCGAGGUUAACCGAAACCGAAGUUAAACAGCUCUUGGAAGAUGCUGAUGUCGAUGGGAACGGUACGAUUGAUUACAUUGAGUUCAUUUCAGCUACUAUGAACCGGUUCAGAGUAGAAAGAGAGGAGAAUUUGUUCAAAGCAUUUCAACAUUUCGAUAAAGAUAAUAGCGGGUUUAUUUCGAGACAAGAAUUAGAAACAGCAAUGAAAGAGUAUAAUAUGGGAGAUGAUACCAUGAUCAAAGAGAUUAUCUCAGAAGUUGAUGCUGAUAACGCUAAGAAGCAGCAAACGCCGUCUCGGAAUCCUAGUGUGAAGUCUGGUAAAGGAGGAGGUUGAAGUGAAGCAGGCAAUCAAUUCGUUGGGCUUAA